CAUGAAAGAAAUGGCUUUAGGAUCAAAACCAAGAAAACAGAGACUGAAUAUAGGCCUUAACUUACUUCUGGCUUUGACAAAUCAGAAUUCUGGUGGUAUUAGCAACCUGAUUACAGAAAACAAUAGUUGCAAUAAAAAAUGUCAUCAUGAAAACAGGGAACAACAGUAGCUUUGAACGUCCGGCCAUGACUAAUGAGAAUUCAGGUGGCAUUCUUGACGGUUUAUCUCUCUACCCUGAAACCAAUGGGCAGACAGGCCUAACCACCCAGCCAAACGGCAUUCACUACAGAGACAUUUUUUGAAUGGACCAAUUACUAUCUCUUCUUCACAGGUCUUGAGGCGCAUCUCAUCGAAACCCAUUGUCAUUCACACAUACCGACAGGUGAGGUGAAAGAAUCUGGUCCGGCUUGAAAAUUACCAUGUCAACUGGUUUCAGGUCAGGGGGAAGGAUGUUGACUCCACCCUUUCAGGAGCAGAGAGGUCCAUAUAACAUCAGGGGACGUGACUUAGUCAUUAGUUAACAACGAUUAAAACCAAGCUGAGCUGACCUGCAUUGACUCUCCUCUACAACCUCUGCCUGAGCUUCAUUGAUUUUACAACAAAAAAACAAGAAUUCUUCAAAAUGGUGUCGAUGGGAAGACAGAUGCUGGGCUUCGUCCUGGCUAUCAUCGGGUUCCUGGGGACCAUUAUUGUGUGUGCCCUACCUAUGUGGAAAGUCACAGCCUUCAUCGGAGCCAACAUCGUGACUGCUCAGGUCAUCUGGGAGGGCUUGUGGAUGAACUGUGUGACCCAGAGCACGGGACAGAUGCAGUGCAAGAUCUAUGACUCCCUCUUGGCCUUACCCCAGGACCUGCAGGCUGCCAGAGCUCUGAGCGUCAUCGCCAUCAUCGCGUCAUGCUUCGGCAUCCUCUUGGGAAUUUCUGGAGGAAAGUGCACCAACUUUGUGGAGGAUGAGGCUUCCAAAGCUAAAGUAGCCAUUGCCAGCGGGAUCAUCUUCAUCGUGGCUGGCGUCCUCAUCCUCGUCCCUGUCUGCUGGUCCGCCAACACCAUCAUCAGGGAUUUUUACAACCCUCUGCUGGUCGAGGCCCAGAGGAGGGAGCUGGGGGCCUCGCUGUACAUCGGCUGGGGCACCGCAGGGCUCCUGAUCCUGGGAGGGGGGCUCCUCUGCAGCUCCUGCCCACCCAAGGAGGAGCGUGACGACUACCCAGUGAAGUACUCACAGGCAAGAUCCACAGCUACCAGCAGAGCUUACGUUUGCUCCGACCUGCAGGUUGCUAGAGUGCUGGUCAUGGUGGACAUCGUGGUGGGAAUUGCUGGCCUCUUCAUGGCGUUUGUCGGGGGGAAGUGCACCAACUUCCUGUUGGAGGAGGUGGCCAAGGCACGGGCGACGGUGGCGGUAGGGGUGGUGCUCAUCAUCAGUGGGAUCCUGUGUCUCAUCCCUGUAUCCUCAACAGCCAGUCUCAUCAUCCAGGACUUUUACAAUCGACUCAGCGGAGAGAGCUGGGAGGCUGGGAUCCUGCUACUCCUGGGAGGGGGACUCCUCUGUGGUAACUGCCACCCCAAGGAGGACGACAAAGCCCCCUCUGUGAAAUAUAUACUGGCCAAGUCUUCUGCACAAGCUGUAGCGCCCCUCAUGGCUGUGGAGGAGCUGGGCAUCACCCUGUCCAUGGUGGGCCUGGCAGGUACCAUCCUGAUCUGUGCCCUGCCCAUGUGGAAGGUUACAGCGUUCAUCGGCACCCACCUGGUGGUCAUGCAGGUGUUCUGGGAGGGCCUGUGGAUGACCUGUGUGUCUGAAACCACGGGACAGAUGCAGUGUAAAAUCUAUGAUGCUCUUCUAGACCUGUCCCCUGACCUCCAGGCGGCCAGGGGCCUCAUCGUCAUCAGCAUGGUACUGGGCUGCCUGGCAUUCCUCGUCUUCCUUCUGGGGGCUAGGUGUACCAACUGCCUGAGCCAUCCCAAGUUCAAAGCCAGCAUGGUGCAGGCCGCAGGGGUCACCUUCGCCCUGGCUGGGUUAAGCAUCAUAGUGGCUGUGUCCUGGACGGCCCAGUCAAUCAUUAGGGACUUCUAUAACCCGCGGGUCCCUGAGGUGCUCAAGAAAGAGAUGGGGGCGGCCAUCUAUGUGGGCUGGGUGACGUCUGGGUUCCUGUUCUGUGGAGGAGGGGUGCUGUGUACCAGCUGUCCUCCAGGGGGGAGAGAGGGCAGGCAUGGUUCCAGCAGUAGGUACACCCUGGCUAGGAUGCCCACUCACAGUCACAGCAGCUACGCCAUAAAGAACUAUGUGUGAGAGGGGAGUGCUUUAUUUGCCUUUUAACUUCAGGCAAAUAGUGUUGGCAGGUGUUGGCACUAUGAAGAAACAUGUCACAGCAAGUUUUUCAAUGACGACAUUGUUACUUUGUACAUUGAAUGUCCAUGUCUGGUUAUUCAGUGUAUUGUCUGACUUUCAUAGAUUUAGAAUUGCCCUGGAACUAUUUGAUAGCUUGGUGGAAGUUUAAAAAAAAUAAGAUAAUGUUAAUUGAUUCUUGUUACAAAAUAAGUCUGACUUAGGUAAUUGUAGCUAUUAAAAUGUUCACUCUAUCACCAUGAAAUAUGUUUACUGAGGAAAUAUCUGUUAUUGAAAUAUAAUCACUGAUAAUCAAUAGGUUACUAAUAUUGACAGUACAACUACGUCAACUGAAUGAACCUGAUUGUUUUUAUAUUCCUUUAUUGUAAUUCACAUAUUUUCAUUUUCCCACAUCCUAUUCAACUGUGGUUACUACUUAUAAUGUGUUUUUGUAACAAUGUUUAUCACAGUUAACUUUGUGAUUAGAAUCUGCAUGCUAAGAGAAUAGAGGCAGUACUUUAGCGGGCAACAAAUCAUGUUCGUUGAAUUGCGAUUUGAACUUAAUAGAAAUAAACAUUUUGGUUAGAAAUUA